CAGUUUCCCAACCUCGAAGGCUAUAUAAUCGAUUAAAUCCAUACCAGUUAGAGGGUGCUUUAGGGAUGUCUCUUUUAAGGGAAAUGCUGUAUUAUUGAUGCUCUCUCGGGAACUCCAACUUCAAACUUUUUUGCGUAACACACUUUGCCAAAUAUAGGGACCAAGAAUAACCUUUCACCAGCAAAGUCGUUUUCGGAAGUUUUUUAGCCUAAAUUUUUUUCCAAAAAUAGAUGUUCCAAACUACAUGCUUCACAACAAAAUCCAAAAUGAAAUCGUGGAUUCGUUUUUUUAUUGGUAUAACUGGAUACAUUGUUGUGCUAAAAUCUAGAUAACAUAUUUUUCUUCUUUGAGUGGGUUGUGCAUCACUUUUUUUCUGACAGCCCGUUAUAAAUGAUUCUUUGGGCUUUUAAAACGCUUUUACCUUUUUUUGCAACAGACGUAGAGGCAUAUAUGUUAAAACAAUGCUCUGCUUGCUAAGUUGACAAAGCUUAAAGAUAAUACACAUCUUCCUAUGUCGGAACAUUCUACGACUAUACCUUAUUACAGUUAUUGUUUACGCAUAUCACGCUUAAUCAAGGCGCGUUUGCUGAAUCUUGCUCGCUAAUGCAAGGUCGCGUUAUCUCUAAGCACUUUCCAUAUAGUUUCAGUAGGCUGGCAAAUGCAUUAUCUUUUGCUUUGCGCUAAAACUAGUAGGUGAUGCGAGUAAAUAAAGACAAAACAAAAGUUACACAAAAUUAAACGACGGGACUUUUAAACGCUGCAUUUGACCUACAACUUCAGAGAUCUGGUUUUUGAAAGAAUCUUAAAAUGAGAGAACCAUUUGGCUAAAAUUAAAGCGAUUUCACUUAUAUAUCGAUUUCGAUUUAUUUCACCCGCCUCUUGAAUACUACAUAAUAUUUUUAUUGGUGGAGUGAGAGCCGUAUGGCCUACGAAUUUUCCAAUGUUUGAAAUGUUGGAAAUAAUUAAGGCUCCACAACAUCUCGAAGCAAACGAGGAAAAUAAACAUAUUUAUUGAACAGCGUUUUGAGAAAAAAAUCAUCGCAAAGUGUUCCGUUGUUUUUGAGCGUGCCCGGUAAUCAGCUAAUGAGAGCGCGCGUACUAUCGCAGCGAUAAAAUAAGGGAUGUACUGCAUGGUAAUCGGCCAAUGAGAGCGCGCGUAGUACCUCGGCUGUAUAAUGAAUGCUAUUAUACAUUCCUGUAUUAAAAUUGUGGAAAAUGUAGAAAUAAAUUAACCCAGAUUUAGUGAGGAUUUCAUUUUGAAAAGAUAAAGUAAAAUAAAAACAAUCAAUAAAAUAUCGGAUUGUGGUCCUGUCAUUAAAGCUUUCUUUCGUGAUGUCAACAAAAACAUCUUUCUUUUAUGAAUAAGUGCAAUGGGUAUAAAAUGGUUUAUACAAUUCAUUUCAAGCAUUUUUAAGCAUAAACUUGAAAACUAAAGAGUUGUAACAAACAUAUUUGGCUUUCCAUCAAUUGGAAAGAUAUCGGAAGAAUAGGUUUGCCUUGCUUUUCCUAAUUCAAAUUUGGGAAAUAAAAAGGGUGUUCAUUAUAUAUUUUUAUCAAGAAAACUUUCAUAAGGAUAAUGUUGACGUUUUGAUGUCGACUUUAUCUUUUGUCCCAUAAUUCACUCAAGGUUAUACUUGUUUAUAACCAUCGAAUAUUGCACGUCUGUGAGAGACUUAAAACUUGCAAACCAAUAAUACUCCAUGGGAGCCUUAAUAAACGUUUCUUUUAAUGAAAAAAAACUUUAGUCUAAAACUUGAUGUUUAACUAAUGGAUCUUUAUUGUUGUAGCUUUCUGGAUUUGGUUUUGUUUUGAUCACAGGGUAGUUAUUAUGUUUAUUUGGUAGCCUAUAAGCCCUGGAUGAAUGCAAUAGAAUCUCAGUCUCAUCUCUGAGCCUUGAGGAUAAAUAACGCUUGUUGAAGAACCAGAUCCACCUUCGCAGAAUAAACGAAUAUGCUAUUUAUAUGUCUUCUCGUUACCUUUACAACAAAUACCCGGACAGUCGAAUGCUCAAACAACACCUACAGGUCUACCACCUCCCUUCCACUCUUCAACUUCACUGAUGCCACUAGCCCACCCUUUACAGUCAACACCAGUACCACCCCCACCACAACCCUGGCCACCACAGCACCCCCCUGUCUUGCACCAUGUGAGUGUCACGUGGAUAGCCAGGGUCUAGUCGCCAUGAAGUGCGUUCUUGCUGACCUACCACAAGAUUGGAAGCUACCAAGCUAUGUGCAGUCACUGAUUUUAUCCAACAAUGGAUUGACCAGUGUACCAUCGCAGUUUUUUCAAGAGCAAGGCAUAAUCAAUCUACAGUCUUUGUCCCUUGGCGGUAACAACAUCACCUCAUUGCACCAAGACGUGUUCAACGGUCUGAUCAACUUGCGUCGCCUGGACAUCAGCUUCAUGAACCUUCAAGAGUGGACAGGAUCAAUUAACAACACCCUCCCCUCCCUAGAGUUCAUAGACAACACAGGCAACCCAUGGAUCCCAACCGCUAAUAUCCUGCUCGCAAAAAGCCUCAAGAAAGUCAAGGGCGUAAGCUGGAGUAGCGUCUGCUACAACUGCACCCUUGUCAAACUUGCAAACAUGCCGAGACCAAGCAACGGUUCCGGAGGGGUAACUCCAACCCCAAUAGGCACAGUUAACGUAUUCCCUACAGAGAGUGUAUCUAGUUUUAAUGUCACAAUAGGUGGAGUAACCCCCCCUGGAAUGUACCCUUCCGGGAUUGGGUCCCCUAGUAUCGGUAGUGGCCCCCCCGGUAUGGAAGAAGGCCCCCCCGGCACGGGCGGUGGGCCCCCUGGCUCAGUUGGGGGCCCCCCUGGUAUGGGUGAUGGCCCUCCCGGCACGGGUGAACUUAUUGGUAUUGGGGUAGCCUUUGAGUUCCAUAAGCUUGGUUACUUUCCUUUUUGCUCUGAUAUCUUCGCUUGCUCCCCUGAGUAUCUUAUGCCCCCUAAGGCUUCUACGCCAAUCAUUUCGCUGCCGAGUCGUCUUUUCUACGUCGCGUACAUUUUAGGCGCUCUCGCAAUCGCCUUUAAUGCUUGCAUCAUCUUUAUCUAUGUCUACUCUUACAACAUGCGCAAAGUGAACUCCAUGCUGCUUAUCAGUAACAUGGCGGUGUGUGAUAUUCUCGUCGGCGUGUAUUGCAUCAUUAUAGGCAAGAUCAACAUAUUUAACGUGCUACUCCACACGGCGAGGAACCCUUCCACACCCUUCAUGUUCACCCGCUUGUGUCCCGUCGCAAGUGUCAUAUUCACGCUAGGCCAAGUUGUGUCCGUGUUUACCGGUCUGUUGCUGACUAUCGAUAAGUACUUGUCUAUAGUGUACUGCAUGGACCCAAGCCGUAAGCUUAGUCGCCGGUUAUCCCUAGUGGUGCUCGCGCUCUGCUGGGUCGCCACCCUGCUCUACGGCAUCUCUCCGAAGUUCGAGUCUAAACCCGACCUUGUCUGGAGUCCUGUUCUUCUGUGCACUCUCCCAGUUACUGAGGAAAAAGGCAUAGUCAUUUGCUUCGGCUUACUGAUCUUGUUGUAUCUGGCGAAUAUCCCGUUCUAUGGGAAGAUUUUUAUGUUUGUCCGGAGCUCAAGCGCGCGCAUGGGGGUGAGACGCGACGCAAUUCUCGCUAAGAAAAUCGCUCUUCUGAUUUUCACUAAUUUCGUGUUUUUCGUGAUCCCCAUGACUAUCCUCAUCGUGUUCAUUUUCCUACAUGGCAUUCACUACGAGGUCCACUUCGGCGACGUCAAAGACCCAGUUGCUACCCAACGGAAGUAUAUAAUAAGUUACUGGCUUCCGGUGACCUUUCUUGGUAUCAACUCUUGCUUGAACCCGUUUUUGUGCGCCUUCAGGCAGCGACAGUUCAGACGUGAAGUAAGGCGAUGCGCGCGCAGCUGUCUUUUGAAUCACAUGUGCAAAGCCUUCUCUACAAUUCGUUCCGAUAGUUCACUGAGAACUGCGCCCGCGACUCGCGUCGAGAUGUAUAAACUCAGUAAGAUUGACUCACAGGCAAACUGAAUGAUGUGGUGAGGGAUGGGAGGUUAAGGCGCAAACAACACGAGAUCUCCAACAUUGUUGUGGAAACAUUUUUGGAGAUACUCUCACUCCGUCCCCACGUAUCCGUUUACGUUUGAAAACGCAACCUUUCUGUUACGGAUACGGGUAUCGUCAAAACGUUAACAAACGCGAAAACGAUGACCGAAAACGGAACGAUUUGAAAACGAUCGCC